GCGUUGCAUCUAGACAGUGCCACAGGAGGAGACUACUGACGCUUCAUCCGAUUGGUGUGUCCAUUUAUCUUCCACUCUUUCCCCACGAGCUGUCCAGUCUCCACUAGCUUUCCCCUUCUCUGCGGUUGGGGAAGCACACGGCGGAAGCAAGGGAGUUCAGGGACCAUGGGGCAGAAGCAUCUUGUGUUGCUCACUUGUUUUUGGAUCCUGUCAUGUGCCUUGCUGCUUCAUGCUUCCUCCGAUGGACUGCUAAGAAUCAACAUCAAUAAGAAGAGUCUGGACAAGGAAGCUUUGACUGCUGCUAAAUUGGCUAGGCAGGAGAGUCACCUUCGAAGGUUCGGUGGCUCUCGCCAAUCUCUCGGUUCCUCAAACGAUGAUAUAGUUCCCUUGGACAACUACCUGGACACUCAGUACUUUGGAGAGAUCGGCAUCGGCACGCCACCACAGAACUUCACGGUGAUAUUUGACACUGGAAGCUCCAACUUGUGGGUUCCCUCGUCGAGGUGCUAUUUUUCAAUAGCAUGCUACUUACACCACAGAUACAGAUCAGCCAAGUCAAGGACUUACAAAAGGAAUGGGGAAACUUGCACAAUAACAUAUGGUUCUGGGCAAAUUGCUGGCUUCUUCAGUGAAGACAAUGUGUUAGUCGGCAACCUCGUUGUCAAAAAUCAGAAGUUCAUUGAGACGACCCGUGAAACCAGCCCUACUUUUAUCAUUGGAAAGUUUGAUGGAAUUCUUGGCCUUGGAUUUCCUGAAAUUUCUGUGGGAGGAGCCCCUCCGAUUUGGCAGAGCAUGAAAGAGCAAAAGCUGAUCGCAAAGGAUGUUUUCUCGUUCUGGCUUAACCGUGAUCCUGAUGCAUCUGUGGGAGGUGAACUUGUCUUUGGCGGUUUUGACCCAAAGCACUACAAGGGAAGGCACACAUAUGUCCCUGUUACUCGCAAAGGCUACUGGCAGUUUGACAUGGGGGAUCUUCUGAUUGGUGGCCACUCGACAGGUUACUGUGCUGGUGGUUGUGCUGCUAUUGUUGACUCAGGGACUUCACUGCUUGCUGGUCCAACUACCAUAGUGGCUCAAAUCAAUCAUGCAAUUGGGGCUGAGGGGAUCAUCAGCACAGAAUGCAAAGAAGUGGUGAGAGAGUAUGGAGAGAUGAUCCUUGAGUUGCUCAUAGCGCAGACUAGUCCACAAAAGGUGUGCACUCAGAUCGGUCUCUGUGUGUUCGAUGGUACCCAUUCUGUCAGCAACCCAAUUGAAUCAGUUGUCGAGAAACAAAAGAGUUCUGAUCUUUUCUGUACUGCUUGUGAGAUGGCUGUUAUCUGGAUACAGAAUCAACUCCGAGAAAACAAAACUAAAGAGCUCAUUUUGAACUAUGCUAAUCAGCUCUGUGAGCGCCUCCCUAGCCCCAAUGGUGAAUCAACAGUCGACUGCCAUCAGAUCUCAAAGAUGCCAAAUCUUGCAUUCACCAUAGCGAACAAGACUUUCACCUUAACACCAGAGCAGUACAUUGUGAAGCUGGAGCAAGCAGGCCAAACCAUCUGUAUCAGUGGGUUCAUGGCAUUCGACAUACCGCCUCCUCGUGGCCCGCUCUGGAUACUUGGGGACGUGUUCAUGGGCGCGUACCACACCGUUUUCGACUUCGGCGAGAACAGGAUCGGGUUCGCCAAGUCUGCCUGAGGGCUGGAGUCCAGUUUACUAUUCCAGUAUUGUACAUAUGUUGCAGACCGGUAUAAGCUGCAAAGCUUAGUAGUAUGCGUGCGCGCGGAGACCUGUAGGGGAUAUCCGAUACGUGUUUGCGAAUGGAGCUACGCUAGUUAUGAAGCUCCGGUACAUGGAAUUCGAUGUAAUGAGCACGGGAGCACGAUGAAGAUUGGGGCUUUUCACCUGAUCUCAUCAUGUGUACUGGCCUAGACUAGUCACUGGGCUCAUAUCGACACUAGCCAUUUCGGACUCGUUAAAUAAUGCAUCUUUGUAUGAUCGUUAUGACGUUAUGGCAAUGUAAUAAUCUAGUGCUUUUCUAGGAUAAUCCA